CAUAAUAUUCCAGCUUAUGCUGAGGGAAUUGAUGAAAUCUAAAGGAAAUAGCCUUAUGGCUAUUGAAGUAGUCGAGGAAGAGAGAUUUGAGGAUGCCCCUUAUGGGGCUGGAUCGUGUUCGACUGGAAUCGUGCCAAUUCCUGGAAGCUCUGUGUGUGGGUCGUCGGCUCCGGCAAGUUCUGAGAUCGACGGUGAGCUCGUUUGUGCGAGAGGGAGGGGGAAUUGUUUGAACGAGCCGCGGCUGGGACCUGCGGCUGUCCUUGCACCGUUGAUCUCAGGACGGGUGGUGCAUGCGAAAGCGGCUUCUAAAAAUACGCGUCUCAGGUUAGGUAAUAGCGAUGAGGAGGAGGUUGCGGAUUUUUACGGGCAGUUGUGGGUUGUCCCAUCCCCCCGCCGCCACCCUCGUCCUCAUAUACCACAUCACCAGCCUCCUAACCCUAAAUUCGCCAUUCCCAAGCUCUUCUGGGUGAGGAAGGAUAUGUUCCAAUCCAAAUCCUUCACCAUCGAGGAUUGCUUCCCAGUUCCUCAUCCUGGUCUUGACCCUACCCCUACCAAAUUUCAGAUAACAGUGCCUGGUUUUUUGCUGGGGAGUAGAUCAUUUGCUGAGGUAGUGAGAGAUAUGGAGAAUCAGGGACAAGGUAACCGGAAUUGCCAGCCUCCGGCAGCAAAGAAGGCGGCACCAACUCAGGAAGGAAGAUCUGCGGGUCCUCCUCAGGUGAUCCCAGUCCAGCACGGAGGAAACAAGACGGGUGGAGGGGGGAAACAAGCUCCAGCCCCUGCCCCAGCCCCAGCCCCGGCCCCGAUCCCUCAGGCCCCUCAACCUGCCCCUUUGGUUCAACCUCUAGAUCCAAGGUAUAAGGAGAUGACUUGCUUCAAUUGUGGCUGGCCUGGAGACUAUGUUGGCAAUUGUAUCGAAGCCAAGAAAUGUUUUAUAUGAAGUGGAAACCACAAUGUGAACAAUUGUGCGGCCUGGGUUCGUCCACAGCCUACAGCCACCUAUUUUGGUAGUGCUGCUGCUGGCUUGGGAUUUUAUCAUGUGGAUGUUCCUCUGGCAAGUGAAUCUAGCUGCUUGAAUUACAAAAAUUGUGCAGUUCUGAAAGUGGUUAAAGGAGAAGUUUCUACUUCUGAGUUGCUGGUGUAGUUGAAUGGAAUAUUUUGCAAAACAAAAGAGUAGCCUUGGCAGAUCAGAGAACUGGAGGAGAAGAAAUUCUUACACAGAUUUCAACCCUGGAAGAAUGUGGAUAAUCUGAUUGAAUUUCUAGCGUUCAACCUACCUAUCGAUGGUGUUUCUAUUAAGAUUUGUGAAUGGGAAGGAAUGUUGGAUGGGUUUGGAGAACUAAAAGAAGCUUGGGUGGUUGUUGAUGGAAUUCCCCCAAAAUGGUGUGUUUGGAAGGUCUUUGCACAGGUUGCUGGAUGUUUUGGAAUCCUUGUGGAUGUUGAUUGGAAUGGCAUUUUCAAAAGCUUCUAUGAAACUAUCAGAAUCAAGAUUGCUUGCAGAGAUCCCUGCAAAAUCCCAUUUGAGAGACUGGUGGAGAUGAAGAAAAUGCUCUACCUGCUGUUUUUCACUGUGGAAGGAUUUGAACAAGUUGGAGAAGAAUCAGAUGGAAAUGAUGAUGAUGACAAGAUAAUGGAGAUGGAAAGAAAGAAAAACUGGAUGAUGACCUGACUGAUAAGGACAGCAUGGAAGAUCAUGCAGGGGAACCUUUUGAUGGACUGGACAGAGCUAACUUCACACCAAAAGAGAACCCCAGCUCUAAGACAAACAAGCAAGUACAACAGAUCUCUGUGUCUGCAGAAGAAUUCACUCAAAGAUUAUGAUUGAUGAGGCCCAUGACAACUUCCUGGAGGAAAUCAGUAAAAGUGGAUAUAGAGAGAACAAACAGGUUGAGGACAAGCCAGGGUUCGGCACCCCAUGCUCAUAUCACCUGCUGCCUGAGGAUACCGAGGAAAUUCAUAUGUCUGCACAUCUGUAGUAUUAUUCUGAACAGCUCAAUAAAUUUGACAUGGAGGAGACAGAUGGAGAGGAAGAAGAUAUGGAAACUAAACUGCAAUGCCUCCCUGAAGAUUUGGCUAUGGCUAUUGGCUCUGUGAAGAGAUCAUUAAUUGAAUCUAUGGACAAUGCAGAAUCAGAAAAGAAGAAGAAACUCAACACUGAAACCAAAACUGCUUGGGGCCCAGUUCUGACUAAUAGGCCUAAAACCAGAGGUCAUGUAAAUGUGAAGAUCAUGGACAAGGCAAAUGCUUACUUGCUGAAGAAGAACCUGGAAGUUCCUACUACUUUCAAAGGGGCGUACCUGGAGAGAUGCCAGAUGUGUCGUAUCAAAACUAAGCUUAUAUCUGCUGCAAUGGAAAGUUCUCUGCGAUGACACUCAGGCAAAGCUGUUGCAGCGAUGCAUUCGCCUGCUGGACAGACGCCAUGGAGAACUGCUGAGGAUUGCGUGGUCUAGAAUAGAAUGUUGUUGCAGUUCAGUUGAGAGAAUUGAGGCCCCUGGCAUCGGCCAGGAAAAGUGAUCUAAGCGCCACCGAGAGAAUGGGCAUGGGACGGCAUCUUAUUUUUUCUGGGUCCAAGCCAGGUGCAUGAGUUGUGAAGCAGCUGGUCAUCCAAGGCAAUAUCUGGUGUAUACAUGGAACACAUACGGCAAGUUCCUCCAUCUCUAAUAAAUUGCUAUCUGACUUUGUUUAAUCAUGUUUGUGUAGAAUUAGACAGCCAUGGAUCUACUAUUUUCCUCCCCAAAUUGUAGGGUAAUUUCCCAUUUUUAUUAGAGGGAUUGCAGCAUUCUUGCUGGCUAACAUGCAUGUUAUGGCUUUAAGCAAUACAUCAUCUUAACAGAAUUUGGAGGCUCACAAUGACAUAUGAACGGUAUGGUUCUAUAGGCAAACAGUGCAGAACAUGCAUAUUGAUCUGUUGUUCCCCUGGUGCUCUCUAUUAGGUAACAUAAUCUUUCUAAUUGGUGGCCCAACUAGAUUUUUUUAACACAGUACAGACGCAAGCGCUCAUAUACACGCGCAUACACUCACCCCUAUGAACGCACACGCGCACACCUUACCCCUAUGAGCACCUCUGAAAGACCGAGCCGGCAUAUCAUCUUAAAAUUUAUGAAGUCAUCAUAGGCACCUCGUCAUCAACGGGAACGUCUCCUCCACUGGAUGCGCAUCGCCGGAAAUCCUGAAAUAAUUUCAGGAAUAAAUGCGAGCACCAGGACUUGAACCCUCGUGGGGUGGGGAUACCACAGUCCCUCUAACCAUCCAACCACAGGUUGGUUCACGGCCCAACUAACUUUGGCAGAUAUCCUCAUGGAUAGCUACUAUAGUUUUCUGCUCUGCAAGUAGCUGGCAUGUCGUUCUAUCUGGUUUAGGUUUAAUUAAUCCCAGUAAAAAUAAACAUCUAUAAAUAUUCACACUAAAAUUUCUAAUGCUAAUUUUUUGAUUGGAAGGUCCCCUUACUAAAAAGGAAAAUUGUGUUGAUACCUGACAUGCACUGUUUUCAUAUACCGCCUCAAAUUGAUCAUGAGGUAUAACAACUAUAAGCCCUAUUGGCUUUAUAUUAUGUUUUGAUUUUACAAUUAGUUUGGUAUCUCAUAUUAUUAGCAUACCCGAUAUUUUUCUCUUCAUAUUUAAGGACCCUGAUUAUUUUUGACUUUAUGGCACCAUCUCUCCAUAUGCAUCUGCGUCAUAGAAAGUCUAUCAGCGGAUACAUGUCCACUGUCCCAUCUCUCCAUAUUUAAUAACCCUGAUUAUUUUACUGAUUGGAAGUUAUGUCAAUGUUCAUGACUAAGACUCAGGGAUCAGCGAUCCAUGAGACGUGCAUGCAAAGAUGAAGACAAAAGCUCCCCAGCAAGAUGAAAGUGCAAUGAGUCCACGUGCAACUACCUAAAUACCUAAUUAUGGUGUUGGUAUCUUUGAUCAAGAGGAUAACAACCUUCAUACCCGGCGUCAGGCACAUGGUUGUUAUAGGAAUUGAGAGAAUGCCAUCUAACGUCAUUUAUUUAUUCUGAAUAGAUGUGUACUAUAUGCUUGAGCUAGGCUAUUAUCUGGUCAUUUGAUUUGACUUCUUUGUUUCCAUAGAUAAUCUUGCUCAUGCUUAAUGUUGUUACAGAUAACAUUUCUUGCUGAGUGGUAUAUUUGUGUCAAU